AUGGAUCAUUUGGUAGCCUCAGAUAGUAACAAGACUAUCUUUUGCGUUGAAUGCAAUGACCAAGAAGCUUCUGUUUUUUGCGAGCAAUGCGAUGAGGAUUUCUGUGAAGUUUGCCAUGGUAUGCUCCAUCGCACGGGCACUCGUAAACUUCACACUGCAAAGCAAUUGAACCCGACACACGCUAGAGGCAGCGAGAAUUCGGCAGGCAAUGCAAACGCAGCAGCAGCCUCCAAUGGAGCCGAAAAGAAUGAGAACGGGAAGGAGGAUACCAUUAUGAAACAAGCAUUGAUGGAAAUGGAUGGCACCAUCAUCAACAGCAGUGGCCCUACUUUUGGUGAUUACAUGACAAAGAGAUCAAAAACAGUGCCAUUACGACUGGAUGCUGAGGAGAGACAAUUUUUGAGAUUACUCGAUGCUGCAUUGAAUGUGUCCGAAUACACUGACAAGAUCGACAUCAUCUCAUACUCCAACAAAGCAAAGAGAAUUGUGGGACAAAUCAAAGAUCUAUGUUGCAUUAUUUCAGGGCUGCUUGUUGCUGGAGACUACAAAACUGGAGCACAGCUGUUUGCAAAGAGCAGUAUUCGAGACAAUGAAGAGAUUUUCCAGCGCAUUUUCGAAGUUGGUAGACGUCAUAAGAUUAUGAAUCCUGAAAAGAUGAGAUCCAACUAUGGUAAACUGAUGUACAUGUUGAUGGAUUCAGUGAUUCCAGAGGUAGAGGAUUAUUUGGGAUUUUCGUGUGUGAUUCCUAUCAAGACAGUGUAUGAUUUCCUCAAGAGCCGUGAAAGCGUGGAUGUACUGCAUGAUGAUAAUAUUGUAUUGGCAACAAGAGAGAUUUCCUCUGAAAUGAAGACUCGUGAGCAAAUUGAUGCUGAAGUGCAACGAAAGCAGUACGCCAUUCAAGCCAUCUGCGAAAAGCAUGCCAAUGACAGCAUCAGCAAGGAAGAGAUUGAGCGCUGUCUACUCUCCAUGUCUGAUAACAAUGCCUUUUUAAAGGCAAACAGAGAUCCUUGCGACAAAAUGCUCAAAUACCUAUCGAAAUACUUUACACCCGCCAAGCACGAUCAUGGUUAUUCGUUGGCUAUCUCAGCAGGCAGACAUGGCCAUCGUUUAACCCAUUCUCAUUCCACUCAAUACACCUACGUGCAUCAAUCAGUGACUCUAUGGCGCGAGAUUAUGAAUGAAAUGUUUUUGCUUUGGAGCAUGGCCGAUGAAGAUUUGAUUUCACCGAGCGCUUAUCGAUUGACCAACACAGGUCAGGGCCUUCAGCGUAUUCAGCCUUGUCCUAACGUCUCUCGUGUAAUUCACAAGAUCUUGAAUCGUGCUCAUAAAAAGUGCGGGUCUUGGGUUGGCAGCAGUGUUGUUCAUUUGGGAGACAAGAACGUACCAAAUUCUUUCAUGUUUAUUGACAAGUACAACCAAGUGUCCCGUAUCUUGACACCUAUUGUAAGCACAUUGGAUAAACUAGAGGCACUUAAGAAUGACCCUGAAGUGGCAGCCUAUGUGACAAACGAGUUUGGAGGCAUUGAACAGUGUAGAAAAGACAUUUUAUACGAUUUCUUCAGACAUGGCUUUGAUGGCUCUGGUGGAGAUAAUUACUUUGACGCUGGUAGUUGUAUAGAUGGUCGACUUACAUCAGCAUGGAACUGGUGCUCAAAUAUUGAGAAGAAAAAGUUCUUUCCAAUCUUUCUAAUGACGGGUUUUGUUGGAUUUGAUGGAACUGAAUGGUAG